AUCCAAUUCCGUCUGGUAUUCCUCAAUUGUGACAAUUUUCAUCUUUUCCCUUUCACCCUCCUUAUUUUCCCGCACUUUCCCGGAAAAUUUCCCAACCAAAAAUCACACCCUUUUAGACUCCAAAUCCCCAGCCAAAUUAGUCAAAUUCACUCUACUCGGAAAAUUGAACCCAGCGGUGAUGGACGUCUCCCUCCUAUACGACACCGUUACAGUCGCCACCACCGCACAGGGCCUAGGGUUCGCCAAGUUCCUAAUUCGUCACCAUGACCUCACCUCCAACAACCAAAUCUCAAUCACCGACUCUCAUCCAGAUCAAUCAUCGCCGUCCAAUGGAGUCCCCCAGAUCUCGGCCGUUAUUUUUCCCGUCGACGCUGUCGCUCCGCCGCGUGUCAGGCCCAAUUCUCACAAAACCGCCACCCGAACCCUCCUUCGCAAAAAGCGCCGCACCAGACGGAGAUCGUCGAGCGGCGACGAUUUGAACGACGGCGGAGAAGAGGACGGUGGGUUUUUCGGUGGAGAUGGUCCGUUUUUCAACGGAGGAUGGGGCGGAAGCGGAGGUGGUGGCGGGGGUUGGAAUUUCGAUAGAUUUGGAGGGCAUAAUUGGGAUGAGUCGUCGUCUUCUUCGCCGUCGGAUCCUGCGUUUGAUUUCGUGUACGAGGUGAUGUGCUGGAUUGCGCUUUCGAAUUGCGUGCACUUCGCCUUCAAGAGGGUUAUUCGUAUCGUGGCGGAUGGGUUGGGCGACGCGGAGAGAGCGAAGGUGCCGAUGAGAUUGACUUCGGUCUGCUGAUGCGGUACCGUUUCGUUCUCAAUGCUUAACGUAUCAAAAAGGGGAUACAAAUCUGGUUUUAAUUUAUGUGUUGGUUGGGUUUACAUUUGAUGCUCAAAUUUGUAUAUAUUGUGUAUAUAUAUUGGCAUUAUUUUUAUAAAUAGAUGGUUUGAUUAUGUUAAUAAUGCAUUUUGCUUUGAAUUACAUCUAUAUAUGGUUGUGCAAGUAUGAGCUAAUGCCAAUUUUUAGGGUUACAAAAUGAAGUUCUUUGUACAAAAUAGGAGGGAGGACACUGAGUUAUAUAAUGUACAAGGAUCGGGAUGAUAAUUUCAGCAGAUUUGCCAGGAAAACAUUGAAUGUAAGCAUUUCAAAGUGUGACUUUUAAAAAAAACUGAUGUGUAGACCCUGAUCAAAAGCUGGAGAUACAAGAAGUUACUUUGUUUAUGGAAAAGUUAGGUCUAGUAUUGGUGAUGCUUUUGUAUAUGAUAGUCCACCACUGGGACCUGUUUUCUCAAAGUUGAAUAUGGAAGUUUUGACAAAAGUAGUUAUGUAAUAUUGGUAUCUUAAGUCUCAUACGCACUAUGAGGCGGCUAUAUUUUUUAAUGGAUUGGUUUAAAUAGCUGGUUUCAUAUGAA